GGCGGGCGCGGGAAGAUGGCGGCGGCGGCAGCUGCGGCGGCGGCGGAGCAGCAAAGUUCCAACGGCCCUGUAAAGAAGUCCAUGCGUGAGAAGGCUGUCGAGAGAAGGAAUGUCAAUAAAGAGCACAACAGUAACUUCAAAGCCGGGUACAUUCCCAUUGACGAGGACCGCCUCCACAAAACCGGCCUGAGAGGGCGCAAGGGCAACCUAGCCAUCUGCGUGAUUGUCCUCCUGUUCAUCCUGGCUGCCAUCAACCUCACUAUAACCCUGGUCAUCUGGGCGGUGAUCCGCAUCGGCCCCAACGGCUGCGACAGCAUGGAGUUCCACGAAAGCGGCCUGCUUCGAUUUAAGCAGGUGUCCGACAUGGGGGUCAUACACCCUCUGUACAAGAGCACGGUCGGGGGAAGGCGGAAUGAGAACUUGGUCAUCACGGGCAACAACCAGCCUAUUGUUUUUCAGCAAGGAACAACAAAACUCAGUGUAGAAAAGAACAAAACUUCUAUCACAAGUGACAUCGGUAUGCAGUUUUUUGACCCAAGGACUCAAAAUAUUUUAUUCAGCACAGACUAUGAAACUCAUGAGUUUCAUUUGCCAAGUGGAGUGAAAAGUUUGAAUGUUCAAAAAGCAUCUACGGAAAGGAUUACCAGCAAUGCUACUAGUGAUUUAAAUAUAAAAGUUGACGGACGUGCCAUAGUGCGUGGAAAUGAAGGAGUGUUCAUUAUGGGCAAAACCAUUGAAUUUCACAUGGGUGGUAACAUGGAGUUAAAAGCAGAAAACAGCAUCAUCCUCAAUGGAACCGUGACGGUCAGCACAGCCCGCCUGCCGAGCUCCUCCGGCGGGGACCCCCUUGCUGCCGGCGACUGGGUGCGCUACAAGCUCUGCGCGUGCGCCGACGGCACCCUGUUCAAAGUCCAAGUGACCGCCCAGAACAUGGGCUGCCAGGUGUCAGACAGCCCCUGCGGGAACGCCCGCUAAAGGUCCAGAGCGGUCCUCGAUGUGUUCGUGUCGUGACUUGACUUUUUUAAGAGUAUGCAUGCAAUUAUGUUUUUACCAAGUUUGUGGUAACUGGUGAUUAUUUUAUCUGCAGAGCACUACUGUACCUAUUACCUAAUCUCCAUAUUUAAAAUAGUCUCAGAAAGCCUAAAUUCUAGUUCCUUGCAUUGAGUUGCACUGAUCUUCAAGUUGCUCUUCACUAAGAUAAUGAUCAGAAGUGGAUAAAAUCAAAAUUAAUCUUUUAAAAAGUGUUCUUAAAAUUCCACUGUGUCUCCUGUACAAGGACGAAGCAGCGGUUUCGCCUCACUGUGGAUGAGCUGUCGGUAACCACAGCGCGGCCCUCCCGACGUUGGGGAGGGGCAUGUGCGCUCGGGCCGUGCGCUCUGCCUUUCGCUUCCUCGGAGCCGAGGCAGACUGGUGGGGCAUCGGCUCUCAGCCUUGUCCUCACACGCAAGCGAAGUCAUUGAAGAACUCCACGGAUGUGACACAGUAAGAAAUGGUGGUUCCUUAGUUUUGCACUAGGGCAAAAAUACUCUAACAGAAUGUUUCCUCAUUAAAUAUUAACAAAGUGUUCGCAAGGUGGCAGGAGUUAAAAUGCCGUCCUAGCUUUAACCGCUAGGUAGCGAGGGUAGCUGUCACUCGUUAAGCGUCUGGCCACCCUCGGCAUCGUCCUGGCAUUGCGUGUGUGGUGGUUCUUGUUCUCACCGGAGCUCGUGCGCAGGUGUCCUUAUUCCAGAUGCGCCAGCAGGAAACGGAGGGUCAGGAAGUUCAGAAACUUGCCUGGUGUCACAUAGAAAAUAGAGGAGUUGGGUUCAAACCUGGAUGUACCCGCUUCCAAAUACCUUGUUAUUUUCACUGUCUGCCUUAUUUUAAUUAUUUAAAACUGUACAAGAUCAGCGAAGACUCAUUUAAACUUUUAGAUAAGAAUCAAACAAAGCAGGUAUGCUUACUCUAGUUAAAAAAAAAAUAAACCAAUCAAUCUCAUGUCAAAAAAAAGUGGCCCAUCCCCGUCAGAUUUUAAACUACCCUAAGCCAAUCCCAGAAUGUUGUAUCAGACACAGGGAGGUUACACUGGCCUAGUGGUGGGUUUGCCCUGUUCUGACUGAUGGGCGUGGCUCGCUGGGGAAAGAGUUGCCAAAAUAUUUAUACCCUCCGCCCUCAGGACAACACAGUGAGAGGUGGGGAGACCAUGGCCCCAGGCAAGUCCUCUGGCCAGGAAGAGUCUGGUGGGUUCACCCCAGCUUUCGCCAUAAACAUGUUACCUUUUUAAACCACGCCAUGCCCUGACAACAGUUGGGAAGCACUGGACUAAAAGGGCGCACGUGCAGAAAGUCACACAAGUGAUUUUUGAGUAUGAGAAUUGACCUCUCUGCUCUAAUAUCGCCAUCCCGUGGUAAUGAUUUACCACUCUCAAAGCGGUGGUUUUCAAUGUGCUUUGUAUCUGACUUGAAAGGAACAUUCUGGUAUUACUGAGACACACACGGAAUCAGGGACAGAGACUUAGAGCGGUUUGCUGUGAAGAAGCGGUAGCGAUCAAGUGUAUGCUCAGCCUGCGGUCAGUGUAACAGGAUUCGGUCAGGGUCACUUUGAACCAUGUAGAUAGGAAAGUGUAAAAAGCAAUUGGCAUUCAGCAUGGCUGCAGUCCUCUCAUAGAAAAACCGAACGCCUUAGGGACCGUGACAUGUGCUAAAAUAAACUGAAACGGAGACUGACGUACUAUGUGAUGCUCAGCGCAGUUUUUAAAUGAAGAUAAAAGAGUGAAAUUUAGGACCUCUGAGUGUUAUUAAUUGCAGCAUUGUUCAGAACCUAUUUUAAUAUAUUCAGUAUCAUUUAAUUUCUGAAUGGUAUUCAGAAAAAAGUUCAUUGAAAUUUUCUUUUAGAUGUUCAGUAUACUUUUAAAUUUUACAUUCUUUACUUGUCUGCUCUAUUUAGAUUUGUUUUGAAAAUUUCUUUAACUAUUUUCACAAAAACUACAGAACACUAUGUUACAACAUAUUUAUUGAAUGUAGUUCAUGAAAUAAUCUAUUUUUACUUCUCUUUGAGAGAUACUUGUUGUGUUCCUGAUACAUUUCCAUUAAGUGCUGUUAACACAAGAGGAUGUUUUCACGUUUUCAUAGAACUGAUUGUUAAGGUACCAGUAUGGUGUUUGAGGACACUUUGAAGUCCGUCUUUGCCUUUUCCCUGAAAUGUAGACAUGGAAUUCACAGGAAAGCAGACUGAGAACAAGCCAUCUGUUUCACCUGUGACCUGUUCUGUGUAACAGUAAAGCUUGUACUGCUCAUUCUCACCCCCAGGUGGUAUUUUUCCACAAACUGAAAUGUUAACUCUUCUGUGCCAGCCGUCCCUCCCCUGCGCUGAGCGCUGACGUGACAAGCAGCAGGCUGGGGGAGGUAGAUGACAAAGUCAGGAUCCCUGGUGACGGGGGCAGGCACACCCCUGUUUAAGUCAGGGCAGCACUUUAGAAGUGGGGUACAGUGGUCAUGGGACACUUGAGAUGAAAGCAAGAUGCUUUAGCGACUGUCCAGUGAGUAGGUAGGAAAAUGCAAAACAGCACAACGUGGGGACUGCCUGAAUGUGGUCUGUAAUACCUACAAUACACCUAUUUGUAUUCUUUUUACAUUAUAAUAAAACAAGUUUUGUGCAACAGCUGUGAUGACCAAAGGUGGAAGUUCUGCCUGGUUUUGAAUGAGUGUUCUUAGGAGGGUAGGAAUGCUCUGGUGCUCACUCUGCCAAAAAACAGACCAUUGAAAUGCCGAUAAUUUUAAUAAUCUUUUAAAAAGUGCUGAGGAGGCGAAGAUUACAAGUUAUAUCAUACAAAAUAAAUUGAUAAAUCUGAUAUAGAUUGCUAACUUUGAGUUUCAGUUAAUUCAAUUUGUAACAACUAUUAAUGACCACUGUUUACAAUAAAGAUUCUUUCAACUGUU